GACCAGGCCGCCAAGAUGGCGUCGUCGCUCCGGGCCGGGGAGGCGCUGCGCCGGUUCCUGUCGAGCUUCGCGCCGGGCCGCGUCCCCGAAGCGCUGAGGACGGAGCUGGCGGCGGCCCUAGCCGAGGGCGACCGCGGCCUGCCUUUCGCGCUCGUCCGGAAGCUCCACCGAGCCCUGCGGGAGGAGGGCGCCCCGGCGCCCGGUUCUCAGGUAUAUCUUCAUGAACUGUUGGAAGGCAGUGAAAUCUUUCUCCCUGAAGUGACAAAGCCACCCAGGAACCCAGAAUUAGUAGCCAGGCUGGAGGAGAUCAAAGCUAAGCUGGCAAAUGAAGAAUACAAGCAGAUGACAAGGAACAUCAACUGCCAGGAACUGAGCCGCUGUGGCCCUCUAGCAGACCUGGGAAGGCAAGUCAGGUCAUCCAAAGCUUUGAUCAUCACCGUGGUCAAUUUCCUUGUCACUGUGGGGGCCACGUUUGUCUGUGCCUUUCUGGGCAGCCAGUACGUCUUCUCCGAAAUGGCGGCGCGUGUGCUCUCAGCAGUGAUCGCAGCCUCCGUGGUGGGCCUGGCAGAGCUCUACGUGAUGGUGCGGACUCUGGAAGGAGAGCUGGGGCAGCUGUAGGCUGGGAGCUGGCCUCCACGGGCCUUUCGGGCCGUCCCUUUGGCUCCUCCUCCAAGGCUCGGGGAGGUGGGAUCAGGACCCGCGACUGUCCACAGGUCCCUGGGAGGCCGCUCGAGAAGAGGGAGCACCCCUGCAGCUUCCUUUGGAGAGGGGAGCAACUCUGCCUUCGCCAGUCCUGCUCCUUCUGACCACAUCCUCCGUCUGCACCACGGCG